AUGGCAAGUGUCCAGCAACAGGAACUCCUAUCGAGCGGUGAAUAUGCCGCGCCGCCUUGGCAAUCGACCGAUAAGGAAGAUGCGUUGGAGGCUACAGCAAAUUACUCACCUGCAGCUACGAAACAGCAGAUUAUCAACGCCAUUGUCUCUUCUGUGCCCAACCUGGAGAAAGACGGUGAAUUGCAAGUCGACCAAUGGGAUGCACGACUUCCUCUUGGACUCGCAGGCUCUUCUCUUCCCGCAAAUAGCCUAAGCGACCACCUUUUGUCAAUAAACUGGCUGCCAUUUGAUAGUAUCUCUGUGGGAAGCCUUGAACUUCACUGCGCCCAAGAGAUAGCUCAUAUUGCGGAUGGAGCCGAGGAUGUGACUAUGCGAGCUUAUAUCGACCCGGAGACUGGGCGCUCGCUCCCAAGUAUAGCAGCAACCCCAGGGCAAACUAUACAGCAGGAUCACGUGUCUGCCUUGAUCACAUCGAUGGCCACAGGCAGACUGAAGAAGACCUAG